AUGCGGCUAGAGUCAGGAGCGGGGCUUGUCAAGAGUUGGAGCAGCAAUGCUGCAGAGCGGACCGAGCGGGACAAGCAAGGCGGAGCGGUCUGGGCAGCAGCUGAAUGCAUGCUGGCGGUCAGCGGAGGAAAAUGGGGUGGCGGGAGAGUGUGGGAGGAGGGAGGGAGAGGAAUCCGGGCCUGUGCAUGGGCUGGCGAUACGGAUAAUGUUUACUGCUUAGAGCGAUCUUGUAAAGUGCUGGAACGUGAGUUUUGUUCAGCCCGUCGCCUUCGCUUUCCACGCCUGUCGCCUUCACUUCCCCUCCCCCGUCACCUUCACUUCCCCUCCCCCCGUCGCCUUCACUUCCCCCCACCCCGUCGCGCAACAUUCCCCCUCCCGUCGCCUUUCCCGCCCGUCGCCUUCGCUUCUCCCGCCCGUCGCCUUCCCUUCCUCUACCCAUCGCUCUCGCUUCCCCCGCCCGUCGCACUCGCUUCCCCUGCCCGUCGCACUCGCUUCCCCCGCCCGUCGCACUCGCUUCCCCGCCCGUCGCACUCGCUUCCCCGCCCGUCGCACUCGCUUCCCGGCCCGCGCUUCCCCCGCCCGUCGCUCUCGCUUCCCCCGCCCGUCGCACUCGCUUCCCCCGCCCGUCGCACUCGCUUCCCGCCAGUCGCACUCGCUUCCCCGCCCGCGCUUCCCCCGCCCGUCGCACUCGCUUCCCCCGCCCGUCGCACUCGCUUCCCGCCUGUCGCCACCACUACCCCUCCCAUUGCCGUUCACUCUCUCCAUCUCACGCUCUCCCCCUCGCUCACUCGCUUGCCCACCCGCAAUCUCUUCUCUCCUGCUCACUCCCCUCCCCCCUGCUCACUCUCUUCCCCCCUGCGCACUGCACACUCUCUUCCCACCCCCCUCACUCUCUUCCCCCCUGCGCACUGCACACUCUCUUCCCACCCCCCACACUCUCUUCUCCCCUGCGCACUGCACACUCUCUUCCCACCCCCCACACUCUCUUCUCCCCUGCGCACUGCACACUCUCUUCCCACCCCCCUCACUCUCUUCCCCCCUGCGCACUGCACACUCUCUUCCCACCCCCCUUACUCUCUUCCCCCCUACGCACUGCACACUCUCUUCCCACCCCCCUCACUCUCUUCCCGCCCGUCGCACUGCACACUCUCUUCCCACCCCCCUCACUCUUUUCCCCCCUGCGCACUGCACACUCUCUUCCCACCCCCCUUACUCUCUUCCCCCCUACGCACUGCACACUCUCUUCCCACCCCCCUCACUCUCUUCCCGCCCGUCGCACUGCACACUCUCUUCCCACCCCCCACACUCUCUUCUCCCCUGCGCACUGCACACUCUCUUCCCAACCCCCUCACUCUCUUCUCCCCCAUCCGUCUUCACUCUCUUUCCCCUUUUUUUCUCACCCCUCUGCCCCGUCCACAUCCAACCCUCGCUUAUCUGCCAUACCCCCUCUUCCAUCCCCGUUCUAUCACAGAACCAUGCUUGGACAGGUGCCCACCACCAUGA